CUCGACAACGCAAUGAUUCGCACAACCUUUCUCAUUAUCUUCGCUGCUGCCGUCAUGGUAGCUCACGCAAGGGACUGCAAGUGGUCCGGCACUGCGCCUUUCUGCUCCGGCACGUGCACCGACGAGCCAUACCUCUAUGAAGUCACCAAAGGUUGCGGAGGCGGCGACAGCGGCUCCGAGUGCUGGUCAGGUUAUAAGGCCUUUUGUUGUACUGAGCGCGACGACUGCGAAAAUUGCUAUUGGGACGGCACUGCCCCUGCCUGCGACGGCAGCUGCCCUCAUGGCAAACAGCUCGCCACUGAUCUCUGCGGCGAUGGUGCGAGGUGUGCUGUUGGACUCAAGGCCUACUGCGCCCCAAACAACGAGGCAAGCAAAACGAGCAGUCCCGCUACCCAUCAGACACAUAUUGAGGCUGCCGGCAAGAGCGAGGCUGCUGGCAGAAGUGGCCAUUACAUCACCGGACAUGUUGCUAUUGGCAAGGUACCCGAUCUCUAGGGGUCCAGAACUCGGAGGCCUGCCCUGACAAGCAGAGCUACAAGCAUGUACGACAUUAAAGACAGAUGCUUUGUAAAUUUGGAAUAUACUGUAAACCUGACUGGCCGUGAGCCAGCGCGGCGAAUCACUCGAAGACG